GCAUUGUUUUUGUUUUUCCUUUGUAGCAAGCUGUUUUGGAAUUCGGAAUCCAAUUGAAAUUUUAAAUUGUGAAUUGGUAAAAUAAUAUAAUAUAACUGAACCGGUCCAACAAAUAGUUGCUUUUUCUGUUGAUUUAGGUCUAUCUGUGAAAAUAUCAGUCCUACUAAAGGCUAAACUUAAGUUAGGCCUACCAGUUCAAAUUUAUUACUUCAGCUUAGCCUACUACCAGCUACUUACUUUUUCAUCUAACUUAUUUACUAGAACUAGGCAUAGGCCCAAGUUUAGGCUAGAAACCUUAGUUCAAUAGCAUAGUGCUGAGUCCUAGGUCUACCAAACAUUUAAAUUAGUAAGACAUUGAUCCGUCUUAUUUGUUGGCCUUUAACCUAAAUCUCAAUCUUGUUAACAAUAAGAACCAUGGCAUCAACGCCAUAUGAUCAGAUUAAGUUAUUAUAUGAUCAAGAAUUGUACUCGAACGUUGUUUCAUUGGCCAAUCUUGUUUUGACUGUGAGUGAUUAUGGCAAUGACAUACUCAAUCCAUCAGCAAAGUUCCAAACCUACGUUCAUUAUGGUGACUCACUUUUACAGCUGGGACGGUAUGCACAAGCUGUUGCCGUUUAUAAGCAGGCUCUACAGUUCAAGAAGUCCAUGCUCAAGUCAAAGAAUGUGACUAAGCCUAAUGAAACAAUCGUAAAAGAUUUGAUGCCAGAUACUGAUAUCAAGUACCAGAUCCACCAGUGUCUGGUCAAGAUGAAUCGCAAUGAUGAGGCUAUGGAGGUACUACAAAGUAUCCCAGUCAAGCAGAGAACUGCCAAGAUCAACUUUGCCUUGGCCAAGCUGUUGCAGUGUCGUGGCAUGGAGCGGUCCGCUGUCUCUGCGUACAAAGAAGUCCUCAGAGAGUGUCCACUAGCACUUGAGGCAGUAGAGGGGCUUCUCAGCUUGACUGUGUCAGGUGCAGAGGUAAAUUCUCUAGUCAUCGAGGCCAACCUCACCAACAUGGAUUGGGUGAACAACUGGAUCAAAGCCCACGCUCACCUGUAUAGCAAAGAGUUUUCUCAAGCCAUCAAUGUGUUGAGACAACUAGACGAGAGAACGCCUCUGAGAGGCAACCACUCUCUCUUGGUGUCCCUAGGAGAAGCUUACUACUACAUCGGUGACAACACCAAGGCUUGCAAUGUUCUGUUAAGGGCUCAUAACGCUAACCCAACCAUCACUCGAGGAUUAGACGUGUUGGCAUCUCUGCUAGUCGGUGAACACAGACUACCAGAGUUGGAACGUCUGAUGCCGACCUAUGACCCCAACCUAGACGUGAGUCAUGAGGUCUACACUGCUAUUGGAUAUCUUAUGUAUGCCAACAACAACCCUUCCAGAGCUGCGUACCUGGCUCACAAGGCUUGCCUUAUGAAGCCACACAAUGUGGAGGCGCUGAUAUUGAAAGGCAGAGUUUUGUACGAUCUCAAGAAGUACCAGGAUGCCGUGCUGCACUUCCGAGAAGCUCAGCAGGCAGCCCAGUACCGCUAUGAGCCGUACAAAGGUUUGGUGGACUGCUACGUAGCUCAACACCGGAUAAGGGAAGCCGUCAGUUUUGCGAGCAACUGUUGCAAACAACUGAACAACACGCCUCGAGCUCUUACGUUAUACGCAUCAGUUCUCAUGAAGGACCCGGUGACACUAGUGAAGGCUAAGAGUUUACUGGAAAAGGCUCUUCAACAAGAUGAAAGUCACUUACCCGCAGUUUACUUGUUGGUGCAGAUACUAGAACAGGAAGACAGUCUGGAAGCUGUGGUGGCCUUGUUGGAGAAGCAAGUGACAAUAAAUCCUACAUCUAAACUACAUCAAAUGCUUGGUGACAUAUAUGCCAGGAUAAAUGAUGAACAGAAAGCAUUUGAAAACUACCACAUUUCGUUAAAUCUAGAUGCCAACAACCGCAGGUCCAUGGAAGGUAUGCAGAGACUACACGCGUCUCCAUCACUAUCAGCCAAUGACAGGUCGUACUACCAUCACAACAUGAGUGAUGUUGAACCUGAGCCUAGCAAUGACAACGUACCCGACUCAGACCUAGAAGCUAGCAGCGAGAUAUCCUUAUGAUAUACUUGGGGAUCCACCGAAAUGAUCGACGGGAAUGAGUCUGAUGUGUUGAUUUAAGCCCAAGUACGAACUUAGUAGCAUGAUCAUUGUGUUUGUCAUCAGUCGUCUCUUGUCUAUUACAUCACACAGCUUAUCACAAUAAUUUUAAUCUUUUCUAUCAUUGUUUUAAAAUAUACUAUUUAUUCAUUA